AUGGACUCAACACAAUCAUUAAAUAAUUCAAAAUAUUUUUUACAAACUAAACGUGUUGGUUUUCGUUUAUGGACUGAAGAUGAUUUUCAUUUGGCUUCAAAUCUUUGGGGUAAUACUGCUGUUACAAAGUUGAUUGGUGGCCCAUUCAAUGUUGAACAGAUACAAGAACGCUUAUCAAGAGAAAUUCAAAAUAUGAACACGUAUAAUAUUCAGUAUUGGCCUAUAUUUUUUCUAGAAACUGGUGAACACAUCGGAUGUUGUGGGUUUCGUCCAUACAAUAAAGAGACGGACACAUAUGAGCUUGGCUUCCAUCUUCUACCACAAUUUUGGAAACAAGGAUUUGCUCGAGAAGCCGCAGACGCUGCAAUAUCAUAUAUAUUUUGUAAUUCAAAUAUUAGGAAAAUUAUUGCUGGUCAUCAUCCAAUAAACGAGGCUUCGCAUCGACUUAUCGAACAACUUGAAUUUAAAUAUGUGCAUCAUGAAUAUUAUCCUCCGACCGGUUUACAACAUCCGUGGUACAUACUCACAAAAGAACAACAUUGUCACAAAAAAUGA